GAGAGAGAGAGAGAGAGAGAAUCGGUCGGAAAUCACUCUCACAUAGGCUAGCCACCGUGUACACGCGCAAGUAAGCUGCGGCGAGAGCGCAAGCGUUCUCGGUAACUGUCACGAAACACUGAGGGGUGAACUGAUGAUGAGAGCACGCGCACUGGACAUUACCGGACACAGCCUUGGAAGAUUUUCUAAUUUUUUGACUUUCACCUACUGAUUGAUAGAAGCCAAUAAGUUUUGGAGGAUGCUGUCUGUGUAAGCCGUGUGGAAUUGGAGCUUUCGAGAUGUUGUGAUUCCGGUCCGGAGUAGCGUUGGUUCGGGGUUUCCUGUCGUGCGCAAAGAGAGGACACUUCUCUCAGAUGCGCGUAACUACCAUCAGCCAAGUUACGCGCUCUCGUUUUCUGACCCGAGAGACUUUUCGAUAACAUUUAAGCGGACGCUUAAUGUAAAAAGAGGAAUUUUAAGACAGCUGACAGAGGGAAAGGGUGCUGUUUUAAAUCGACAGGAUUGCGGUGGUGCUGAAUUUUGGAUACCAAAAGCGCUUGAUUUGUGGACAGGGGACGCGGCGGACGCUCCGGCUCCAUCACUCAAGACUUGUACUAGGAGUAUUAAUCCUUCAAGCAACAGACUGAUGAUGUGCCAGGGUGCGAUGUGGUCACAGUGGAGUGCCAUGCUGCUGUGGAUUGUGUUUCUCCUCUGUUGCUCUACUAAUCUAGUCAAUGCCAUCAUCUACCAUGUGAUCGAGGAGCAGCCACCCAACACGCUAAUUGGCAGCCUGGCAUCUGACCAAGGCCUGCCAGACACUGGGCACCUUUACAAGCUUGAGGUGGGUGCUCCUUACCUCCGCGUGGAUGGCAAAACGGGAGAUAUCUACACCACGGAGACCCCGAUCGAUCGGGAGACUCUUAAGGACUGCCGCAACCUUUUCGAAGGGGAUCCUUGUUUCCUGGAAUUUGAAGUAUCUAUUACAGACCUGAUGAAAGGCACAGGGCCUCGGCUAAUCGAAGGCCGCAUCGAGAUCAUAGACGAGAACGACAACACUCCGCAGUUCGCCUCACCCGUGUUGUCAUUGUCGAUCCCGGAGAACACACACGUGGGUGCGCUUUUCUCAAUUCCAGUGGCCAGCGACAAGGAUUCUGGAAGCAACGGCAUCGCUGAUUAUGCGCUAACCACCGGCCCUGAAGCCGCAAACCUUUUUAGCCUUCAGGUGGCACAAGACUCGGAUGAGAAAUUGCCACAGCUGAUCGUAUUGGGUAAUCUAGACAGAGAGCAACGAGAUUCAUAUGACCUCAACAUAAAGGUGGUCGAUGGUGGAUCUCCACCACGCCAGAGCAGUGCCUUGCUCAGGAUCACCAUUACAGAUGCCAAUGACAAUGUGCCCAAAUUUGAGAGAUCGCACUAUGAGGGUGAGCUGCCCGAAAACAGUCCACCGGGUCAUUCUGUUUUACAAGUGAAGGCCAAUGACUCUGACAUGGGCCCCAAUGGAGAGGUGACCUACACCAUUCACCAGGCAUCACCUACAGUCCAAAGGCUUUUUAGCAUUGACCAUAACACAGGAAUCAUUUUCGUCAAAGGAAAGGUGGAUCGUGAAGAAUUCAGCAUACACAAGUUUUACGUCCAAGCUAAAGACAACGGUCCCCAAUCCAAGACCUCAAAGGCUCUUGUGACCAUCACAGUGAAAGACCAGAACGACAACAGACCUUCAAUCAAGAUCCGGGGCAUUGGCCUGGUGACGCAUGAAGAUGGCAUCGCUAACAUAUCAGAAGACAUGCCAGUUGGUACAGCUGUAGCUCUGGUGGAGGUGUCUGAUGGGGAUGAGGGUGAGAAUGCUGUUGUGACCUGCGUGGUUGCAGGGGAUGUACCAUUCCAGCUACGUUCAGCUAGCGAAACGUCUAAUGACCGCAAGAGGAAGUACUUCCUUCAGACAACCACAGUGCUGGACUAUGAACGGAUCAAAGACUACAGGAUUGAAAUUGUAGCAGUGGACUCUGGCAACCCUGCAAUGUCCAGCACAAACUCCCUGAAGGUGCAAGUGACCGACAUGAAUGAUAACGCUCCGGUCUUCUCCCCCACCUUGUAUGAGGUCGAAUUUUAUGAAGAGAACCAGCCAGGUGACAAGGUUGUGGAGGUAACAGCCACAGAUGCAGACAGUGGGACUAAUGCAGAGUUGACAUACAGUAUAACUGGUGGAUCUGUCCCUGAGGGGCUUUUUGAAAUUAACCCUAACAACGGAGAGAUACGGGUCAUGAGCCAGUUGGACCGUGAACAGUUAGAUCACUAUCAGUUUCUAGUUGCAGCAGCUGAUAAAGGUUCACCAAGCUUGAGAGGAACAGCCACUGUAGUUCUUAAGGUGCUAGACCGAAAUGACAAUGAUCCAAAAUUUAUGCUAAACGGCUAUAGCUUUUCAGUUCAAGAGAACAUGCCACCCCUUAGUCCUGUUGGAAUGGUAACAGUCAAUGAUUAUGACGAAGGUGAGAAUGCUCGGAUUCAACUCUCUGUGGAACCAGACAAUGGCAAGUUUAUGAUUCAAAAUGGAACAAACACGAUCCUUUCAACUAUUUCGUUUGACAGGGAGAAGGAAAGCACCUACAGUUUCAGACUUAAAGCUGUAGAUGGAGGUGAUCCACCACGUUCCUCUUACGUUGGCAUUACCAUUAAUGUGCUUGAUGAGAAUGACAAUGCUCCAUAUGUCACCAGGCCCUCUAACUCCUCAUACAAGUUCUUGGAUCCUCGAACCAGCCCGGAAACACACGUAGAAAACGUUGAGGCAGAGGACUUUGACAUUGGUUCAAAUUCUGAACUGGAGUUCAGUAUCAUAGGUGGCAACCCUCACGCAUUGUUCCGCAUUUCUCCAGAAGGUGAGAUUACGUUGGCUAAGGAGUUCACAUCCAAACACAUAGGUCUGCAUCGUUUGGUGGUAAAGGUUAAAGACAAAGGCACACCACCACGCCAUACAACUGCACUGGUUCACAUCUAUGUAAAUGAAACAAUCGGAAAUGUCUCACACGUUGAAGGACUUGUUGGGCACAGUCUUUAUACACCCCUUGAGAUGGACAUUGCUGGCGAUCCCGAUUAUUCUCGAGACCUGCAUAAUAACAUGAUCUUGGGCGCGGUCUUGGGCGCCUUUUCGGUCGUCAUUCUAGUCAUUGUUGUAGCAGUGGUUAUCAGGCAUGUAGUGCUGAAGGAGAAUAAAAGUGGUUACCAGGCGGGUAAAAAAGAGACAAAAGACUUAUAUGCCCCCAAACCAGGACCUAAGAGCAACAAGAACAAAAAGGCAAAGAAAAAUAAAGCUCCAAAGCCAACCAACCCAACUGAAGAGGAUGAAGGAGGAACUCUUCAGAAAGGCUUAAAAUUCAACCUCAUGAAUGAGAGCGUCACCGAUAGCCCCAGGAUUCAUCUGCCACUCAACUACCCUCCAGGAAGCCCAGACCUGGGACGACACUAUCGGUCAAAUUCACCUCUGCCAUCCAUUCAGCUCCAACCUCAGUCACCUUCUGCCUCAAAGAAACACCAGGCAGUGCAGGAUCUGCCAGCCACCAACACCUUUGUAGGAACCGGGGAUAACAACUCGACGGGCUCAGACCAGUAUUCGGAUUACAGCUACAAGGCCAACCCUCCAAAAUACAGCACCAAGCAGCUCCCGCAUCGCCGAGUGACCUUCUCCACAGCCAAUCAGGCACAAGAUCUGCAGGAUCCCUCUCAACACAGUUACUACGACAGUGGUCUUGAAGAGUCAGAGACUCCCAGCAGUAAGAGUUCUUCAGGGCCCCGUAUCGGGCCCCUCGCCCUACCCGAAGACCACUACGAACGCACCACCCCAGACGGCAGCAUCGGAGAGAUGGAGCAUCCCGAGAAUGGUGUAUCGGAACAAGAUGAAACAGCACUAUCCUGGCAAUGGUAUUUUGGACUACGUGGAAACAUUUUGGAGACUUUUUCAUUUUUUCCCUGGACACAUUUGGGCUAUGGUGCUGUUUAUUACAAUGGACAACAGCAUAAAAGCAACCAACAACAUAGCCAUCUGUGCAGCACUGUAUAAGUGUGGUCUAAGGGGAGCAGGUGCAGUAACGGGCGUUGACCGAGAGAAGGGGGCCGGCCAAAAAAGACUGCCUUAAACAUUCUUCUUUUUCCAAAAUGUUUUUCUCCUAAGCGUACUUUUUUGCUUUUUGCUCUGCUGAAGUAGGACAGAGCUUGCCUCUUGUCAAAGAUUGCGAUAACACAUAUCUCCUCAUCUCUGAAAUAUAUAUAAAACUACCUUUUUUGUCGCACAUAAGCAAUGAGAAAACCAAAUGGACAAACUCGGGAGCGGAAAAGCAGACUGAAAAUUGUGGACGUGGGCGUCGUUUCGCUGAUGUUUGUCAACCCAACCUGCCGUUUUUAUUUUUCCUUCCCUCAUCUAUGGAUCUACUCUAACUAAUGGAUUUAGGAUAUCUUCGCUUUCGCCUCUCCUCAACUGUGCAUUUCUUCCCUUUGCUAUGAACACUUUUGUAUGGACUAGUACCUUUCCAUCUCCUCCUAUCCCUUUUGAACUCAGUCGGAGUCUUACUAACAUUGUAAUCAUCCCGGUUUGGUAGGUAUGUCUUUUCUGUCUGCCUCUUUUAAUUUUCUCUACUUUCCUGUCCACCCUCUCCUUUAUAAUUUUUUUCUCUUUGUCUCCCUCUCUGUACCACAACCUGACCCAUUCACUUCUCUAAAAAAGAAAAAUCACCAGAGUACUUAAUAGCUCCUCUUUAAAGGGCACAUAUUAUUCCCAUUUUUACAAGAUGUAAUAUAAGUCUCAGGCGUGCCUAGAAUGUCUCUGUUAAGUUUCAGCUCAAAAUACCCCACAUAUUAUUUGUCAUAGCAUGUCUAAAAUGUCCCUAUUUGGGUGGGAGCAAAAUUAUGCUGUUUUCAUAUGUGUACCUUUAAAUGCAAAUGAGCUACUGCCCUCACUUCCUAACCAAGAGACAAUAAGCGUUUUCAGUUCACAAUAGACCUGAUUCCUGUGAAUACAGUCUGAGACGAUAGUAUAUUUAGCAGCGUUAGUGCUACACCAUGCUAAAAAACACAUUUAAAAAAGCUUUUUGGGUAAAAUUAACCAGUCAGUCAGUGGCCAUGGGCGGGGCUUCAUCAGUGUGAUGUCACAUUAACAGAAUAGUCUUACUUCGAUUUAAUGGGGAUUAAAAAGGACGUAGUGGUUGGAUUUUUUAAUUGUAAGGUUGUUGUGUUCACACACUGCCAACACUAAUUUACGUCCAAACACCUUGUAAAGUGGAUUUUGGACCAUAUGUGCUCUUUAAUGCACUUUGACCUCUUAACAAACACAGUGGCAGUAUUUGUCUACCUUAACUUCUAUGAGUCAUUCUCAUAUCACUCCAUUUAAAGGAGGGUAUAUUUUAUAUAUACAUAUAAAAAAAAUGAGAUAAGACUGCAUUGCAGCCUGUAUCAAAUCAACACUUUGCACUUUUUUCAUUCUUGUAUCCCCUCCAAAAGACUUUAAGUGAAAAGAGGCAAGAUGAAAAUUAUCCUUAAAUGAGAACAUUAUCUCAUAUUUUGGCGUCUGCAGAUGCUUGAGCUCACGGACCCAAAUGAAGCUCAGUGCCAUAGAGUUUCAGUCGGUUCUUAAUUAGAUUGGGUGACUAACAGACUCCAUUUCCUGCCUCUCUCUCUCUCUCUCACCCUUUCUCUCCCUCUCUCUCUCUCUUUCUUUGUAAAAGCAUUGACCUCUUCGCCUCACACCAGUCAAUGACUGUGCCACAGUGUAACGCACAACACCAAAUACACAUUUGCUUUUGAACUGAGGAGGUGUUGAUGUGAAUAUUGUAGUCAUUGAUGUUCCCGCAUCUGUACGUGAGGAGCACGUGUAUAUAUAUGUAAGUAGCUGAUAUCAAAUGAUGUUUAUCGAAUAUAAAUAUAUGGCACAUUUACCUGACAGUAUGUCUGUAAUGUGAAGACAUAUCUUAUGAUCAAAUAUGGAAUUUUUCUUCUCUGUGUGUCUGAGACAGUGAUUACAAUAACAAUAGAGGGGAGGCUAGAUUAAUGUCAUGGGUCAUUUACUUACAUUAAGCCAGUGAUAGAGAUUCUGUCAGCUAGGCAGACAGUCUAGCAGAAAGUGCUGUUCAUGUGAAUGUACUUUGUAAUCAGCCAUUUUUAGUACAAUAAAUUGACUUAUCAACA